UCCGGCUGCAGCUGUUGAUUCGCACUCCGCGGCAGAGAAGGCUACCACCUUACAUACAACGGGCUGAUUUACGAAGCAAGCUUGGAGACUUCGAGAACCUACUACCUUUUGCAUGGUAUUGAUUUCGUAUUUGAAGCGAGCUACUUUCACCUCCAGAUACCCAACAUUCUUGCCAACCUCUCGCUUCCCAACCCGCCACCAUGUCCAUGAGCGUGGUGGUCAUCUCGACCGACUUCAGACGUGCUCCCGUCAAGGUCAGCCCAGGCACCUUCUUGAUCGAUGUGCUGGAGGAAGCAUGCAAGAAGCUUUCUAUCUCGAGCGACAAGUACAUGUUGAAACACAACAACAGGCAGCUGGAGCUCUCAAACCAGAUCCGAGCCUACAACCUUACUCCUGGUGCCAAGCUGGAGCUUGUCGUCAAGUCCAACAGCCCGACCAUCAUCACCGUCGCCCUGAAACUCCCCGAAUCCGAAGCCGCCGGCAUUCCCAAUGGCCGCCUGGUCGAGAAGUUCCGUAGUGACACCACGCUAUGGAAGAUGCUUAGGCACUUUGAGAGCGGAGCCUCCACAUCUACCGCCGGUGCCCCUGCCCCCGGCCCAAAACGCCAGUUCAACUUCACCGCAAGGGCAAUUCCACAAACCAUGGGGGGCACCGGCUCAGGGCAGUUGUACCACGAGGGGCCUGUCCUGCUGGUGGUUGGCCGCGAGAUAUCAUCGCUUGCCGACUUCCAAAAAACGCUUUCUCAGCUAGGAAUCUCGGGGAACGUCUUGAUGAACCUCUCUUUCAGACAGUCCGGCUUUACACUACACGAGGCCAUGCAGCAGAUCGAGCAGUUCUUUGCCGAACCUGAGGCAGCAGCAACGACAACAUCCGCACCCCCGGCCCCUGCCGAGGAAUCGACCUCUUCCGGAUCGGCCCUGGAGCAGAAUAAUGCUGCUCAACAAUCAAACCCGGACACAUCAAAACCCACCGAGGAUCUCAUUGACUUUGGCGGCGAUGCAGCCCCACAGCCAGCAGCGCCUGCGGCGGCGGGUUCUAGCACUGAUAGUGCCCAGGAUCACACCGGCCCCGGAAGGGCGGUGCAGAUUUUUGCGGCGCCUUCAUCUACUACUCCCGCGGCGGCGCUGACACAGGACUCGGAUGCUGCUUACGAGCCAACAAUCGCCCACGCACAGCUGCACCAGCAGCGGCUGCAAGCCAACUCGCACAACAAGCGCCUGCCCUCGGACAAGGAGAUUGCCGAGAAGGCGGCCGCAGAGGCGGCCAAGAUCGCAGCGGUCAGAGAGGUGAGUAUCAAGGUGCGGUUCCCCGACAACACGUCGGCGCAGUGGACCUUUGGUCCUGAAGACGACGCUGCGGCAGUCUACGCCGAGGUGCGUUCCGUCAUGGAAGACCCGUCGCAACCAUUCAAAUUGGUGAGCCCAGCCUCCAAGCGGGGUGAUUUCAGGGAUGCGCGGGGCCCAGGGCACAACCUCGUGCGCGACCACCGACUAGAGGGCCGCGUAGUGGCAACCGUUGUCUGGGCCGACAGCGUCCCCCAAGCCGUCCGCAAGACCCCUUUUCUCAGGGGGGAAGCGGCGAGACUUGCCCAACAGAUACCAGUGCCGGCUGUGCCCGCCGACGCGCCGGACGAGGAGUUCAAGAAUGCUGCGCCCGCAUCAAAACCCACCAAGGGUGAGGGCGGGUCAUCUUCGGGGGUGAAGAUGCCGAAGUGGCUGAAGCUUCCUGGCAAGAAGUGAGAUUUAUCCCGUCCGGUGACGUCUCACUUCACGGAGGCAUGAAACAGCGCCUCCCCGCCACGAUGUUUUGUCUGUCUUUGUCUUGUUAGAGCAGUGUUGUUUAGCGUGGCUUCGCAUCGGCGUUUUGCUUUCGGUUGUUCCCGUUGUUAGCAUGGACCUAGGAGAAGAUGUGAGCGCAGCCGUGUGACGGCGGACAGAUACGAGCAAUCCGGAUGUCGUGGAAGCCGAGAUAGUCCCCGUGUUUGGCCGCUGGAUGUAUAGUAUAUAUGGAUUCUCGUGGCCGACGUGACAGCCGUGUCUUUUACACAUCUUUGCCAUCACACCGACCAAGGCAGUUUCUGGACCACCUGCCUAGACACCAUCCCAGGCCCCCAUGGAAUCGCGACAUCAACACCAUGGAUCGAUACGGCAGGUUGAGGAAGUCAUGCAUGUUUAAGGACGGCGUUCCACAUGGACCAGACGGCGCUCUAAUCGUGUGAUUGCGACGGCGCUAUCAAGAUAUAACCUGGCCUCGGUAGGAGCCUCUGCCAGGUAUUGUACGACGGCACGCGCACUGCCUUGGUGACCUACAUUCGGAUCCCUCUGUGUGCACCGCUCAACAGCGUACGAAGCAUGCGUAUGCCUAUUUCUGUCACCGCGAGCACGAGUUGUACCGAUCUUGUUCUCGGCUGUUGUGUUUGCUUGGCUACCAUGGACGCCGCCGAGGUUCUAGCAGGUAUUCCUGCUUACUGAGCUCCAUUGCUAUCUCUCCUCACCGGGCCCCUUUCCCCGCUGGGCGUUGCGGAUUCGCCACAUACCGAUCGGCAGUUAGCCACCAGGAUUGGCCCGUAUUUUUUGC